AUGGCGACCUGCCGUUGCAAGGAGUGCGGAGGAGAUGUGGUCUGGGAUACGGAGGCAGGCUCGUCCAUAUGCACCGAGUGCGGGACCCUGGAAGAUGCUUCGCAGAGCGUGUUGACCUCUUCGCAAUACGAUGCGCAAGAUACUUUCGUUUUCGACAACUCGCAGGCGACGACGCUGAAGAGUCUGCGGCACUCUGGCCGCAACCUUGCCGGACAGGAGAAACAUGCUAGGCAUACCCGCAACACGCUGGCUAUGCAUAGCUAUAUCCUAGGGAUCCUUACGAGGUUGUCUCACCCCGGUCUCCUGCCUCGUGCUAAUACCCUCUUCGACAACGCGAUGACCACCGGCAAGCUGCGAUGGGGACGUAAAGCAAAGCUCACGGCUGGCGCGUCUAUCAUCAUCGCUUUGAGGGAGUCAGGCAGAUCCUCGUUCCUGGACGACAUUGCGCACAUGAUCGAGGAGACACCGUUACGACUUUCACGGACAUUCUCUUCUACUGUCAGGCUGCUACGGCUGGAUCUCGUGUUGGCGGACCCGGCUUCGCAUCUCCAAGCCGUAAGCGCCCACAUUAAUGCCCUAAUAGACACGUCCCCGGGAGCCUCGCUGCGCGUACCUUUACCUGCUUCACUCAUCAAGGUCCUUCGAUCCCUUCAAAUCCACUUCCCAAACGUGAUCAAGACCUCGACAUCCCUUUCCACCUUGAUAGCUCGCACGAACGCUCUGGCUCACCUGUCCACGCCAGCGACGGCGUGCGCUCUUUUCCUACUCUCGCUGGAGGCCGAGCAGCGCACGUCACUACCCAACUACAGCGAGCUCGCAAAGGCGCUUGGGGCAAGAUUCAACGUUAGCGGCGGGGUCGUAAUGGAACGGUACAAGGUUAUCUACGAUCUCGUCGAGCAAUGGAUCAGAGAUAUCCCUUGGCUUGAGGCCCAUGAGAAGAAGGGGAAGGGCCGGAGCAAGGUCGCGAAGAGGGUGGUGGUGGCUCGCGGGCUGAAGGAUGUAGUGCAAUUCCAGGAGGAGUUGUGGAGGAAGGCGCUCGCGGAGGCGGCUAAACCAGUGCUCACGCUCGAGUUGGACGAAGAGGAGCUGGCGGAAGACGAGGUGAUGAGUCAGAGCGACGGCUCUUCUGCCAGAGCGGGAAGCGAGGCUGGUGCAUCGGCGGCGAACAGCCUCAAGCGAUCCAGCCAGUCACCGGCCCCCUCCGCCCCUGCCACGAUGAAACGGAGGAAGACUGGGCAAUCGAAGAAUGUAGACCACGCCACAGACUUCCUACUGCACCCAUCCUCGGCGCAGUCGAUACCUGGAGCGGAGUCCGCUCUUGGGUAUGCUCCGUCUACCUCGCAUCACCCGUCGGGUCGGCACGUUCAAUAUCAUUUCCCAUUGCUCUCUCACGUCCUCGCUGGUGACUCGCAGACGCUGUCGUCAUCGCGUCCGCCGACCAGGCUCCAGAUGCUCGCCGGUCUCCGUGGAGGAUCGGGAGAGGAGCAGGUCGCGGACGAGGAGUUGUUCGAAGAAGGCGAAUUGGAGGGCCUCAUGCGAGAUGAGGCUGAGAGGGAGGUCGUCAGGCGCGCGCUGGACUGGCACGAUGAAGAGGAGCGUCAGGAGACGGCUCGUGAAGUGAAGAAGAAAGGCAAACGGAAAGCGGGCGAGAGUGAGCAGGACGACGGCACGAGGAGGAUUGACAUGGAGGCAUACCAGCGAUUGAUGAUGGGGUUCCAAGAUGAAGAAGCCGUGGACAGCGAAUUGGAUCUCGGAACAGGUCCUAACGACGAUACCUUCCAACAUGACUUCGGGUUAUGGAGUGCUGACGGCGAGGAAGGCCUGGAGGUCUCCGCCUGGCGGCCUCCCACUCCUGAAAGGGCUGCAUACGACGAUAGCCGAUACGACCAUUAAUCAAUUGGCGCAAAGUCUCAUAAAGCGGAUUAAUGUAUUGUACAUACUGGAGAGCGUAGGCUCGGAUUAUAA